ACAAAGUCUCUCUCUUGACUUUCUUCCUUCAGCCUAAAUAAAAGCCACUCCCCCUUCGUUCGGGGCUUUUGAUUCCCAACUCGCCAACUCUGUUUACUCUCUCUUCUCUCUCAACAAAACAAAUUUUCAUCCAUGGCAGUCGAGGCACGGCACAUGAAUCCCUUCCCCCCUCAGUUCAUCCCAGACAGAGAUUUUGUGAAGAGCAGUGAAGGAAAUGGUGGUUUGUACAAUUCCCAGGCCGAAUCCUUCAUUCCUUUGGUGGAUACAAAUACAAUGCAACAGGCGCAGCAGCUCUGGCCGCUGUAUCAGUCGCUCGCUUGCGAUCCGGUUCCGGGGAAGACGUCGAUGAACAAGGACGACAGCGGCCUGACGUAUAAUAUUCCGGCCGUUACAGGUCCAAGAAAAAGGCAAAGGGAUCAUACAUUCAGUACUGGGUUUGAUGCGUACGCUGUUUCUCAGAAAAACAAUUUCUCUGCUGCUUCUUCGUUUCUUGAUCAAGAUGUCAUCUCCCAGAUCCAGGAACAGCAACAAGAACUCGAUCGUUUCCUUGCCGAACAUAAUGAGAAAUUGCGGAUGGAACUUGAGGAAAGAAGAAAGAGGCAAUCAAGGAUGCUAUUUACGGCAAUCCAGGAAAGGGUGGUGAAGAAAUUGAAAGAGAAAGACGAAGAGAUUCAGAAAAUAGGGAAAUUAAACUGGGUUCUUCAAGAGAAGGUGCAAAGUUUAUCGGUGCAGAACCAGCUAUGGCGGGACCUGGCGCAGACGAACGAGGCGACGGCCAACUCACUCCGAAGCAACCUGGAACAUGUACUGGCGCAUGUGGGUGAGGAGCGCCACGUGAGUGGUGUAAAGGUAGCGGACGAUUGUGAGUCGAGCUGUGGGAGUAACGAUUACGGGAGGGUGAAUAAUGCUGGGUUGAUGAGGACGGCGGAGGAGAAGGCGGUGAUUGGUGGUGGAGGAAGCAGGGCGUGCAGAAAGUGUGGGAAAAGGGAGUCGAGUGUGCUGUUGCUGCCCUGCAGGCAUCUUUGUCUGUGUACAAUGUGUGGGUCCAGUCUGGUAGGCACUUGCCCUGUCUGCGAUUCUGUCAUGAAUGCCAGUCUCCAUGUUAACAUGUCCUGAAAGGCUGAAACUUUGGCCUCUUUUUUUUUUUUUAUUCUCUUCUUUCUUUUUGGUUAACCCAAAAAAUUGCAUAUACUUUAGAAAUUAAUUAUAGAAAUUUUU